GAGACAGCCUUGCCGCCCGCGUAGUGCUCCUCCUCCCGCCUCGUCCCAAUGAUUGCGCGCAGAAAUUGAGGGCUACCCAUUCUACACCUCUUCCCACACCACACCACCUGCUUCUCCCGACCUCGUAAAUGACUUCCUUGCGAUCCCGUCUCGCCGCGAAUCCUCCCCCGACCAAAAUUCUCUGAAGCAUUUGGUUUCUCUGUUCGAAAAUUCCCACCGACCUCAUCGUACCCUCGUCCUUCUCGUUCUCGUCUCUUCCUCGGUGCCGACCGGACGACCUCCUUCCCGCCGCGAUCGCUCCGGCACAACGCCAGGAGCAAAAGACAACACAACACAAUGGCGACACAACAGAUUCUUUUUUCUGAGACGGUGGCCGCUAUGAAAAAGGCCCUCAAGCGGAAAAGCUACGAAUCCGACUCGGAUGAUGAGAUUGACCACUACGGGAAUCGCGGCCACAAGCUUAAAAAGCGUGCCCUCUUCUCCCACCAGGGCCAACUGGCGCCGCCCUCUGGCCCCGAAGUCUACAACGAAAUCAUCGACUACGCCGGACAGCAGCGCACGAUAAUCAGCCGUAACCCACCCAUCGUGGACGAAGAGGGAUACGAGAUUGACAGCGACGAUGAUGAGGAGCGCAUCCAGGAGGCCGUCUCCUCGGCCACCGAGCUCGACCCCUACGCCAACAUUCGGAUUGAGCAGAUCCUAGCUCCGUUGACUGUCUCGACCGACCUCCCCAGUCAUCCCACUCUCUCCAAACCCUUCACUGCCAAGACGUUAGACGAGAUCGCCGAGCAAAGCUGCGAAGUGCGACGCAAGGAAAACGCGUCUUUGUGGAGAGUCAGGCACCUCUUCACGAGACUCUGCGGCGAUUACACAUGGGUGCCGUGCGGUGCGAUGGUCGGGCCCGACGAUGCUGAUCUUUACUCUACCGACUAUGUGGAGCGCGGCUACUCGCGCAAGACGAAGGCGCCUGUCGCCGGCGGAUUCGACGAUGCUUCGUCCGGAACACCGAGCGGCAAUGCGAGACUGGAGCAAGCGCCAAACGGCACGAACGGCGAAUCCUCGGGUGAUAAGCAGAGCAGCGACGGAGACAUUGCCAUGACCGAUGCAGGCUCAGACAAGGGGGAAGCCCGGAAGCAGGCGUCUGAAAAGUCAACAGAGGACACACAUACCGCUGGCGAGGCAUCGCGGCCAACGAACGGCCAGGUACUGAAGAGCUCCACGGCCCCGAAAACAGGACAAGAGGAGAGUAUUGCCGAUAGGAAACAGAAGCAAAAGGCUGUUGACAUCGAGAUGCAUGAGGGCCAGGCGGCACCUUCAUCGCAACCUGGAGCAGAGGUAGCGGAACGCAACGGAACGCACGCGCCGUCAAUAGCAUCGGAGACGGUGGACGAGACAUUCGUGCACCCGUUCUUCCGGCCGCCGCCCAACGCUCGGCCAGACCGGGAUGUGGGUCUUCCGGAGGCCGAGGCCGAGGAUAUCCGGCGGCUGCUCGCGCUCUACGUGCAGAAGCAGGAGGAGGUCUGCCGUGGAGCCAUGAAACUGCACGAAGGCCUCCUCAAGGCUAACCGGUUGCGCAAGACUGUACUUCAGUGGUCCAAGGCGGAGGCGCAUAGCGGAGCGAACCGGGACAUGUCGGACGGCGAAGACUGGUACGACAAGGAGGAGUGGGGACUGACGGAGGACCUCAAGAAGGGCCAGGACGACGAGGAAGAAGACACGGGUACCGUGGCCAAGAAGACUAGGAAUCGCAGGUGAUGCGGUGCCCGGGUGUUGUUGACGUUGGUGAUGUUGUUGGCUUGGCCCGGCCUGGCCUGCUCCGAGGGAAUGAAUAGUUCAGUGUGCGUGUGUUCCGGGCGGGUGUUUUGAGGAUGCGGUUGAUACCCCCAUAUUGCGUGCGUUUUUUGUCCAGGCGGUGCGUAUUGUUUCUCCCUAUAGUAGAAUGAGAUGACGCAUCCUUGAACGGUUGUUGACAAGUCAUUGUGUUCCUGUUUAACCUGUAUCGGCUUUUUGUACUUGUCUAUUUGCCGGGUGUUUGUCGCAUCGCUGUGGCAGAAGGGUUUUCCCGGUUGAAGAAUUCGGCU